CAUCACCUGAGAUUAGUUUGAAAUGGGAAAGUGGGCCUAGUGCUGUCAUACAUUCUCUGCUGGCUGUAAAAAAUGGUUUUCUUCAGUGUCACGUAGAGAACUUCAGUGCUGAAUUUCUAACAUCUUCCCUCACAAACAUUCAGCAUUUUCUAGAAGACGAAACUGUCGCAGAAGUGAUGCCUAUGAAGAUAAAGGUUUCUAAUGCAAGGAUUAAUUUAAAAGAUGACAGUCCACGUGAAAAUCUCAAGGCAUCUGAGCUGGUACCCAUAAAACUACAUAUUGACAUACUCUGGAUAGAAAGGAAUGAUGAUGGCUCUUUUCUCAUUAGAGACAAUCAAAGAGUAAAUGAUGUGUCAAAGAUGAAGAAUUCAAGUAGUGCAUUGCAGCAAGCAAGUGGACCUGUUGGACAUAAAACACAGGACCAAGCCACGCAGACUACUUGUGAAAUUCCCAGACCUUCUAAAUCAAGCAGGGAUUCAGUUGACUUCCUUAAAAAUGAGCUGAUUGAAGAAAAUGAAUGUCUCAAGCAGGAACUAGCCAAAGCCAAAAUGGCUCUUGCUGAGGUCCAAAUGGAAAAAGAUGCCCUGCUUCAUCGUAUAAAGAAGAUGAAUGUUGAUCAUCAGUAGGACAGUGUUCUGUUGGUGCAAGGUAUCAUCAACAGAACUUCAGGUGAUGAUGGCAUCUGAAAUACUGUUUGUAGAUCGCUGGAAGACGUGGUUAUUUUUUUUUGUCACAGACCAAGUUUUCUCAUGACAAACAAAAUGUUUGUGAACUAGUUACUAUUCUGAAAUUAUCAUUAAACAUUGUAACUUUUUUCAGCCUAUUUUAAACUGAAAUGACUUUGGAAAAAUCGGUUUAUACUGUACUUUAUUAAUUUACUGAAGAAAAAAAUCAUCUCAUCUACUUUUAAUAUUAUCAAAGGAGAUGUUGUUUUUAAAAUGUUUUCUGAAAAGUGGAUGGCUCAACUAUGAAAGAAGGUGCCUAGGUGCAUACCUGAGUAAAAUGUACCAUGCCUCAUUAACAAAUUGUACCUCUGUUUGU